AAUAUGGCUACUGCGAUGUACCCCGUCCUUGGGUUUUUAAGUAAACAUUGUUUCGUCGACACAGCAAUAGACGACGACGUGAUAUUGUCGUGAGAAGGACAGAGGGAAGUAUCCAGGUGUUUAUUUUGAUUUUAAUAUCUCCGAUUGUCGUAAACGCUCUUCUUUAAAGCAUCAACAGCAAAUCUUCGUUAGUAGGGCACCUGCUAAGUUUAUAGUGUUUAUGCCGUCUGUUGUAAAAUGAUAACGGAGCUUCUCUUCAAUUGAAUUACCACUACGGUAAAAUCGGAUUAAUUUCAGCCUAAACUGUUAGUAUUGGUGAGUCGGAUGAGUGUAGCCAUGUCUUAGCACAAACGAUGCGGUUGCGACGGACUGGCCAUGAACUUGCAUAUGAUCAGCUGUGCUCGAAGGUGGGGCUCUCCCACACGAAAUGCCACAUGUUUUCAGAUGAAGUCUAACGGAGAGAAGAGCUACUAGAACUAACGAUGGAUUCGGCAUCGAGAAUGUCUCUAGUGUUUGAGCGGCCAGGCUCUGACAUAAAGAAGGCCGGCUACCUGAAAAAGCUGAAGACAAUGAAAAAGAAGUUCUUCUUAAUGCGAUCAACAAGCAGCAGUGGACCGGCUAGGUUCGAGUAUUAUGACAGCGAAAAAAAGUUCCGUAAUGGUCAACCACCUAAGCGUGUUAUACAUCUUCAUACAUGUUUCAACAUCAACAAAAAGUCAGACACACGUAUAAAAAAUGCCAUCUCUCUUUAUACACGCGAUGACUGUUUCUCAGUCAUUGCAGAAAAUACAAUGGAGCAAGAUCAUUGGUUGGAAUUUUUGUUGGAAUACCAAACUGAAUAUUCAGAUGGUGUAACAGUGCCUCCAAGAAUACACUUUGAUUAUGUGUGGCAGGUGACAAUAAAACAGCGUGGCCUUGGAUAUACAAUCCCAGGAAUGAGCGGUACAUACCGCAUGUGUCUGUCGACAAAUGACAUCUGUCUUGUCAGGAACAACUCGGAUUUGUUCGAAUUCACCUUUCAGUUGUCCAGUAUCCGACGGUGUGGUCAUUCGGAUGGAUACUUCUUCAUGGAUGUUGGCCGUUCCGCACCAACAGGUGAGGGGGAGCUUUGGAUUCAGGUGGACGACACAGUCAUUGCACAGAGUAUGCAUGAGGUCAUCCUUAGUGCCAUGAGAACAUCCUCUAGCAGUGAACAGAGUAAUUUCCGACAACGUAGCAGCACAAACACUUCCACGAUCAAUCGGCCCCGGGACAGUAGUCAUGAUUUUAACGGACAAACUGCACUACGGCCACGAACAGGGAGUGAAGGUCAGCGAGUCCAUGGAAGUCCACGCCGACGUCCUAUGUCGUCCAUGGUAUGUCGACCUUCAGCUAGCAGCAUGGACAAUGGCACACAACAGAUAACCACAGGACAAAACUCAUUCCACUCGCAUUCAUUUGAUGCUCCUGGACAACCUUUCUAUGAGAAUCAGAACAUGGCACAUGCCCCGCUAAGUUUCCCAGCUCAGCAAAGUCACCAAAUUCAAGGUCACCGGGUUCGUUCCGACAGUGCCGGGUCACACGGAUCUCGCUGUAGCCAGCUAGCUUUAUCACCAGAUGCAUCCCUGUAUGGCUCCAGCCCAGGAGACCAAUUGUCACAUCGUUCAAUGACCCCUGAGGCAAUGCGUCCACCAAUCACAGAAGAAUCGUCCUACUUUGAUAUGUCCCCAGGGGCAGGGGUGAGAUCCACGACCCCGUCGCCCCCACACCCUUUUACAACUGACAGAGUUGCCUCAGAAGCUAUAGCGAUUACGGGGUCCAGCAGACAUGAUGGCUAUAUUGAGAUGAAGCCGAGUAGUUCACUAGGAAGCAGUGUUGGAGGAAAUGAUACAGGCUAUAUGGACAUGGCUAUAAAUCCACCUCAGUUACAGGAAAAAGUUUCAGGUGGCAGUGAUAAUUCCUACAUGAUAAUGGGUCACCAUGGUAACCGGCAGUCAUCCAUGUCGGUUCCGAUUCCACAGCGUGGGCCAAAGGAGGGUUACAUGGACAUGAACAUGACACCCACCAGUCAGCCUCUCCCAACAGUCAAAGAAGGAGGGAGUGGUGAGAGUUGUCUCCCCAUGACACUAACUGACAUGAGUCCUAGAUCUGCUGCAGACCUGAAGCCAGCUAAGGUUGUCAGCUACCUGUCUGAUGAUUCCAUGUCUGGAGAGUUCCCUAAACGGGCCUAUUCCUUGGGCAGUCGACCAGUCAGUAGUAAGAUGAUUCACCGACACACUCACGUCCCUGAACCCUCUGUCCCACUUAACCUGAAGGUCACGGACAAUGGCCGCAGCUCCAGUGCGCCACAUCUCAUUGUGCAGAAAAUAAAAAAUCAGGCUGCUGCUUAUAUGCCUAUGGAUGCCUCGUCGUAUAGUGCGUCAGUGAAAUCUGAUGAUUCAGAUUCUUUUAUGGAGCUAGAUUUCUAUCGUCCACGCACGGCAAGUGAAAGUUAUGGUUAUAGACCGAGAGCAUCAAGUUUUGGCAAAAUGUACAACACUCAAGGUCACAGACCAAGGUCAUCCAGCUAUGGCCAUAGUUCACGAGGUGGCAAACAAAUGGGCUCAUUUGAGUCUGUCCGUACGACUUCAAAGGAAUUUUUACACAAGCGAUCAUUUGAAUCCCUCGGUAGGUUCUCAACUACCUCUUCUAAAAAUUCUUCCUCAGAGUCCCUACGUAAACUAGAGACAUCUUCUAAGUCAUCACAGCAGUCAGAUUAUGUUGACAUGAACAUGAAUCGCAACUCUGAACAUAGUGGGUACAUAGAUAUGUCAAUCGGAGGUGAAGGUCAAAGUGCAGGUUCUAAGUGUAGUGGUACCUCGCGUAGCUCAUCAUCACAGAGUCUUAGUUCAUCCCCAGCUGUGAGUGGCUUUAUAAGUCCUAGUCGGCCAGAGAAAUCGUUACCAGACAUAAAAAUCAUUAAGGCGUCUGGUCAUGUUGUACAAAAACCAAUUGGAUUUACCCCAUCACAUACGGGAAGUUCCUCUCAUGGACCUGAUGGAAUUCCAACCCAAGCAGCUUUGUUUAGUCCAGUGGCUUUUAAUUCGGGUUCUGGUGGGGCUCGAAGUCCUUUGGUUAAAGGGCGCAGUCCAGCCAGCUCCGGAAGGGAGUCGGAAGAAGAGAGUUAUGUCCCUUACCAACCCGCAUCCUCGGACAAAACUGACACCAAUUUGAAAGGAGCCAGUGGAAAGGAUUCAACAAGUUCUGACUCUGGAAGGUUUUCACUAAGGAAAAAGAAGCAUAAAAGUGAAAAAAGUGAGAAGAAAGCUAUAGAAAAACAGAAAAAAGAGAAAGAAAUUUCUGAGAGUAAAAAGUUUGGAAGAACUAGUCCAAAGGAUGGCAAACAUAGUCCAAAAUCAGAAUCAAAAUUUCAGAAGUCAGCAAGUGUUCAAGAUGAUGUGUAUCUGGUCUAUGAACCUGGAAUGACACUGUCUGAAGAAAGUGAUAAGACAUCAAAUGUGUCCAAUAUCACAAGGAAGCCAGAGUCUGUCCCAUCAUACACGUCAAAAUCUGCCCCAGUUAUUCCAACUACUAGUAGCGAUUAUAUGGAUUUCAAGCCAGAAGUUUCCAAGGACAGCAGUGUUAUAAAAAGUAGUCAAUCAGAUGUAGGCAGGAAGGUAAAAGAUUUAAGCGAGAAAUCUGUUGAAAACACUGGGAGGAGCAAACAAGAUAGCAGUUCAUCAGUUCCGAGUUCCAAAUCGGAGCAUACAGAAUCUGUUGUUUUCUCAUUAGGGAGUACAGAUGAUUAUAUGACACAUUCUCCAUUGACAUCUGGGGAAAAUCAACAGGAAUCAUGUGACCGUUCAGUAGCCAAUCAGGAACAAGAGAAAAUGCCCACCAAUCUUGGAGGCGUUUCUGGGGAGUCAUACCAGUAUAUGGAAUUUGACCCUUCCACACAUCAGGUUCAGGAAAGUGAAGUAGAUGUCAAAAAUCCUACUCGUGUCCGAUCAUUUAUUGCAGAAAAAUCGAUGGAAAAAGAUUUUGCUGACAACCGUUCAAGCCAUGAAAGUGCUAAAGGUCAAAAUGUUCAAGGCCAAAAUGAAAAAGUAGGCAUUAGUGACAAAGUUAAAGAAGAAAGUAAUUUUUCAAAUUCUGGGUCAAACAAGAGCAUUUCGAAGAGUCAGUUGCAGAAGGAACAGCAAACCCCAGCAAAAGUUGUAACAAAGCAAGGGAACUUGGAAAACACUAGAGGUAACACUUCAGACAAGCAAAAAUGUGAUAGUCCUAAAGCAGGAAAAUCAGUGAAAUCUAAAGACAAGCCGUCCGAGAGACGCCUAGAAAUUAAAUCUGUGGUAGCCUCUGUUCUUCCUGUUCAUGAAGAGGAAGAGGACGAUGGAUAUGUUGGACUAGAUUUCAGUAAUAAUAGGAAACCUGAAGAUGAUUCAUUAGAGGAGCCCCCUCCAUCUUCUGAUGUGGACAAUCUACGCCCUCUUCCAGUACGUAGUGAGAUAGGUGGUCUAGAAGGACCUUUCUCCAAAGUUACUAUAAAACGUCUCGUGUCUUUGCCAGCAGGGGAAAACAGUAAAUCAGAAGAUGGCGGGGAUAGACAAUUACUCUGUCGAAAAGCCAGCGCUCCGGCAAUUGGACAGUACAACCAGAAAUUAGUAUCAAAUGUUAGAAUGUCUCCGGUGCGUAAAGGAAGUGUAUCUUCACUUGGGGAAGAGUCGACAAAUGCAAAGAGUGAAGAGGGGUCGGGUGAGUCAGCGGAAGGGCAGGCUAAUGGUGCUGCAGGGACUGGACAAAGUCCAAUUGGUUCAGAACUUCACAAACAGAAGAGUAUGCCGUGCAUGACUCUGCCAGUAGCUGAUGAGGCACCAGCUCCAAGUGUGGCUAUAGGUAUGGCUGGCUUCUUUAAUAACCCCAGGAGUCGUCACAGUUGUUCGGACCUCACAGGGGCAUAUGAGCAGAUGACUUACCCAUCAGGAAAUAAUUUAGAAUCUGGUCACCAGCAGUCGUCCUCACAACAACAACUUACACCUCCUGGUUGUGCACAGUUAAAUUAUGCUUCACUGGAUUUAGGGUCUUCAGAGACUGUCGAUAGUAAUGACCCAAAAUCACCUCGUAUAAAGAGUCGGCAUUCAUCUGCUGAUGAACCAGCAUCGGGUCCGACAUUAUCAUACGCUCAAAUAGAUUUUAAAAAGUCAGAAAAUCUCAAGAGUGCUUGUAACAAGGAUGUAUUGUUUUCUUUUGAUUGAUUGAGGCUUUACUUAGGUGUAAAACAUUUGAAUGAAUGUGUGUAUGUAUUGGUGAAAAUUCCAGUAGAGACUUCGCACUUAUUGCCAACCCUACUUUCAAUAUAUAUAUUAUUAUGCUACAAAUAUAUAGAGUAUGGGGUUGAAAUUGGUCCCAAAUCCCUGUGCAUAUUCCCCAAUGGAGGAGGACCUAAGAUGUUGUAAGCCACUAGCAUUUUGUAAAUACUUAUUUCAUUAUUGGUUAUAGCAAUUGAAACAUCUUAUGAUUAAUAAUGAGGACUUGCAUUUUUUUUGUGUGAAAGAGAAGUUGGCAAAUGUGUACCAGUGGUGUCCAAUGUGUCUUGCUGUCUGUGAGAUAUAACAUCAUGGCAGUCCUGUUAUACCUGAGUUAUACCUGAGAUAUAUAUUAUCUGUGUGAUAUGUAAUUUACUACUUUUUAUCUUUAAGUUUUAAAGGAAAUACCAAAUUAGGAGUAAGUUACCAUAUGUAUCGUGCAAUAAGUAAAUGCCAACCCUCUUCUUUGAGUGAAAAGUUUAUUUGCUACCCCCCCCCCCCCCCCCCCAAAAAAAAAAACCCCAAACAACGGCUUAUUACAAGAUAGACAUGGUAUUAUCUACAAUAAUUAUGAUUGAAAUUUAAUAUUUUUCACCAAAGUUCUGCAUCCUUUUGAUUCUGUAAUAUGGUGUAAAGAAAAAACAAAAUUUUGGAACGUUCAAAUUUAUAAAACUAUGAAUUUAAGAUGGAAAAGAAUGAGUUUUAACAACUAUGUAAAGUAUUGUUAAGCAGAUUUUAAUUGAAUUUCCACUAAUUGAUCAAUGUUGUUCAGAGUAACUAAUUAUGUUAAUUAUGCUGUCAUUUUAAGAGACGGCGAGAUUUAUAGUGCUAUAUGAUUAAUUAGUUUACGUAAUUCCGAUUGGACUUAAGAUACGUUUCCAAGGUUUGCUUAGCAUGAGGUAUUAUUGAUAUAUAUGUGUUUAUUUGGGUAUUUAUUUUUUGUUAUAUUGUGACGUAUUUGAUACAUACAAAAUAAAGUAUGAUAUACGCGAGUAUGGUCAUGAUGAGUGCAAGAAUAGAAUUCCUAACAGCCAAAUCUCGCCACUGCUUGGAACUUUUAGAUUUCUUAAAUGGAAUUUAAUACUAUAUCUUCUAGUUGUUAAAUUCUAAGCACUAAAAUAUUUUGCGGGUGUCCCUGUCGGACCAAGUUAGCGGGUAAUAAAGGUUUCACAGAACUAAAUAUUUCACGGGUGUCCCUGUCGGACCAAGUUAGCGGGUAUUCAAUUUCAUGCAGACAAGCCUUGUAAAGGUUCUAUAUAUUUGUUUGUACAUAGAUAUUCAUUGGGUAUUUCUUUUCGCGUUACAUUUAAUGUCUGUGAAUAAAGCGACAUUAAAUCCCCCAGGAAUAUAUUUCGAACUGUCCAGUAGCUAUAUAUAGGCUUUACUUUUGGAAAUGAUAAAGGUCAUGUGAUCAGAUUGAAAUCAAACAAGGUGCAUGUGUUCAUUUAUCAACGGUUGUCCUAAGGGUUCUGACUAUCUCUCGCUCAUUUUCUUGUGGUCGCUUUCUCAAAGAGUUGAUCAGCUGUAUGAAGAUAGCAGAAAUUCUUGGUUGAUAUUUUAUGGAUAACUAUAUACAAAUAUAAUGUGUGGUAAAAAUGAAAUAUUAUAAAGCAUGUUUUUGUAAGAUUUUUCUGAAGCAAUGUUGACGAACAAACUAGUUAGCAGUUGUAAAUUGUUGAGAAAUAAAAGUAUUUGAUAAAUGUUUACCAGAUUGCAGAUUACUCGUGAAAAUGUGUUACAGGAAACAGCAUGGUUACCUCCCUUUGUUAAAAACUGAUUUUCACCUUUUGAUAUAAAAAUACUUGGUUGUGAACACCAAUGAUCUGGUAUUUCAUGAUAUUAAUUAACAGAAUACUAAAAUGAAAUCAUAGAGUCAUUAAAAUUGUAAAUGAUAUUUUAAAAUAGAAAAUUUGAAUAUUUCAUUAAUUUCUCAUUUGAAUUCUAGGCAAGGAUAUGAAUUAAUACACAAUUCACAUGUUCAUUAUGUUAGGAGAAUAAAAAGGGAAAUAACUCUUACUUAAUUCACAGGUAUCAUGUGAAAGGUGACAUCUACCCUUAAGUCACUAAUAAACAGCAAAUUAAAGGGAGAUAAUACAGAAAAUAGUUCCAUGAACAUGAUAUAACUUUAAUGACAUCCUAAGUAUAAAGUCAAUGAAAAUAUGAACACUGUAUUCAGUGGUUUUGACCAGCUUAAAAAUAUUUAAAUUAUUGGGGCAUGUGAUCAUGAGCAUCUGUAAAGCUGACCCAAAAUUUAGAUACAGAUAAGAAAUGAUAGGUAUUUAAUUAUAAUGUUUUAUGUAAAUCUAAACAUACAUUAUCUACAUACUAUUACUAAUGCUAAGUAAAAUACAUAUCUAAUUUAGCACUGCAGCUAUUUAUAUUAUGUUAGAAUUCAGGGAUGUUCCAUUCAGUGGUUUUCUUGACUCUUUCAAAAUUCAUUUUAAAACUGCUGAAGUGUUUUUACUGCUUAUUCAGCAGAAAAAAAACAUUGUACAGUAAACAUCAUCCAAGGGGAAAUGUUACCCAGUGAAAUCUUGUUGGAUUUGGUUGUUAUUUAUUUGGUAUUUGCUGUAGAAUUGAAAAACAAAUUGUACAUAUUAUCAAAAUGCUAAAUCCAAAAAUGCCACAAUCAUUUUGAAUGAGCUUUAAUGUGUAUAUAUGUAAAAGCUAUUUUAAACUUUUUAUCAUGUGUAUCGCAUGGGUUUGUUAGAAGACAUUGUUAUAGGUGUCAAUUAUGAUGUUAAUGAGUCGCCACACAUACAUGUGUUAUAGGCAGGAAUUUAAUGUUGAGAUGUUUGCUGUUGUCGCUAUGUUUAUCUGUGAUUACCUAUGACAAUUGUUACCUUUAUAGGUCAAUGGGGAGAGACCACAGUCUCUGUGGUCCAAAUUUUAGGUCUACGUGUACAUUCUUUAUGGGCCAAGUCUCCAUUGAGGAGGGGUAGUCUUAGAUUGAGAGUCUCUAUGAGCCAGUCCAAGUAUAAUUUCUGGGUGAAUUGUAGGUUGGACGUUUCUACGGGUUAGUCCCUUGGUUUAAAGACUACUUAAGUGUAAUGUCUCUAUGGGCAAGGCUUGAGCCUGUAUUAUAUAAAAGCCAGUCUGGGCAAAGUCUCAAAAGUUAGGUCUAGAUUCUCUCUGCAUAUACCAGUCUAUAUGGGUAAAUCUAGGAUAGAAUUUAUUGUCCAGUGUUAGGUUCAAGUCUUCAGUAUCUAUGGGUGAGUGUUUAGCCUAUAACAGACCCUAUGGUUCAGUCUCAGGUUGACGUUCUAUGUGCUAGUCUUUGUUCUAGAAUCUCUACAUAUGCCAUUCUAAAGACUAUAUAUGACCAGUCUUAGUUCUAAAAUAUCUAUGGAUCAGUCUAUGGUCUAGUCUCUAUCGGGCAGUCUAAUAUAUAUAGUCUCUAUGGGCCAAUCUAAGGACUAUGAUUUAUAUGGCCCGAUCUGAGGUCUGUAGUCUCUAUGGGCCAGUGGAGGUUGUAUAGACUUGAGGGGCCAUUCUAAUGUUUAUAGAUUCUAUGGUCAAUCUAAGGGCUGUGAUUUCUAUGGCCCGAUCUGAGGUCUGUAGACUCUAUGGGCCAGUGGAAGGUGUAUAGACUUGAGGGGCCAUUCUAAUGUUUAUAGAUUCUAUGGUCAAUCUAAGGGCUGUGAUUUCUAUGGCCCGAUCUGAGGUCUGUAGACUCUAUGGGCCAGUGGAAGGUGUUUAGACUUGAUGGGCCAUUCUAAUGUUUAUAGAUUCUAUGGUCAAUCUAAGGGCUGUGAUUUCUAUGGCCCGAUCUGAGGUCUGUAGACUCUAUGGGCUAGUCAAAGUGUAUCUAUGGGCCAGUCUAAGAUUUGUAGACUCUAUGGGCCAAUUGAAAGUCUAUAGCAUCUAUAGGCAAGUCUUAUGUGUACAGUUUUUAUGGCAGAGUCUUCGGUCUAUAGUAUCUAAGGACGAGUCUCAGGUUUAUAACAUCUAAUGAUCUAUAUAUAUAUAUGGGCAAGUCUUCGUAAAGCGUAGAAGCAGUGUACAUGUGUUUGGGUUCCUCUGAGAAGGCAUAGUGUGAUAAGAGCAGAUUAAUUUGAUUCUUUAUGGCAAUCUAAUUAUAAUGUUACUGUUAUACAUUGCCUCUGCUACAUACUACAGGUGUACAUAGUACAUAGACACUUAAUUUGCACACCUUUCAUAUCCAUGGCUCAUUCAGAAUACCGAGGGUAUAUGCCAACCCCCUGUGCUAUAUGUAGUUCAAAUGUGGUACUCGUAAUCAGACAUUAGAUUUCACCUCACAUUUUACACUGAGAAAAAAAUCUCCAGAGAAAAUACUCAAUAAUGAGAUGUUGGAAGACAUUGUUAUAAGAACUACCCGGUUCUAAAUAUUUUUUUUUAUAUUAUAUUGAGUAUUUUAUGAAAUAAAUGAUUUUCCUCCUGUCUUGUUCAAAUAUUUCUAUGAAGCAUACCUUGUUCAUUUUUCUGCGCUGACUGCAGUAGUUAUUUUUUUAAUCAUCAAAGUUUUGUUUUAUCUGUCUUUGUUAUUUGAACCUAUUUCAAGCAAUAAGGUUGUCGUAUUUUAAGUCUAUGCUUUUGUUUUUGUUUUUUAAAUAUUCAUUUUGUUCUUAAUCAGUGUGAAUUUGGUUUUAAUUUUCUUUUACCCUGAAAAACUGCAUACAGUAUACUUUUAAAGAAAAAAGAAAUUCAAAUGAGGUUUGAAAUGUAUUUUAUUGACCCAUUGAAUUCUAAUGUAGUGAUAAUUUUUUAAAUGUUAUUUGGCAAAAUUUCUUGUCAAUGUUAAGGGCUUUUUCUAAGGACUUUUUGGUAAUGAUAAUUGGUCCCAUUGGCAAUUGAAAUUAUUCCAUAUUUAAACCAAAUUCCCAAAUUUUGAAAUUUACUCAUAAUGACUUUUUUUCUUCACUAUCUCUGGGUUAUAUAUGUUGAUAUAAUUAUCACAUAUGAAUACAACUCCUGGAUUUUCGUGGAUGAUGUUGUGCCUUUUGUUGACGUUGAUAUGCCAAUCAACAUUACUGUUCUAUCACUAUAGGUAAACAGAUCUGUAUUGGGGCAAACGGCUGUACCAGGACAGUUUCAUCAGAAUUUAACAUUCACCAUUUUCAAAGAAUAAGAUGGAGGCAAAUUUAACAAUGUAGUAAGCAAGGAAAAAAAUAUAGAAGACAGAAAUCGCAAAUCUAAUUUUAACUCUAUUGGUUUAACAUUGGUCAUAUAAGGAAAUAUUCAGAGGUCAAGGUUUCUUCUGCUAUUAGAAGUAUUUUUUCAUUGGUUUAAAUGUUGGAUUUAUAUUCUGUGAAUAUUUUGGUCCAUUUUAUGUUGUUUUUUUCUUGACUCCCAAUUACCCAAAUCACAUCCAAAUCCAAAUAUUUAAUCUGAGUUGCUGUUCCUUUUAAAAGUGAUAAGAGCAAGGGCAACAACUCUAAUUAGAAAUUAAGAUAAGGGAGACAACUUAAACUUUUAUGUUGACAGUUUGGAAGAUAACAUCAGACUGUGCCGUGUGCUAACUAUUUAUGUAUUACUUUCAGAAUAAUCAUUUCACAGUUUUUGUGAAGUAAAAUGUUUGUAAAGCGAAUUUGUUGGUCGAAUUUUAAAAACUGUUGCAAAGUAGCUAUAUAUAUAUAUAUAUAGCCUGUUGUCAGACAUUUUGUAUUUAAAUUUGCUGGUAUUGUAGUACCUUGAGAUAAUUUUAUCUUUCACUUUGUAAUUUUAGGAAGUCACAGUGCCACUUUUCGGAAAACCUUCUGUUAAGAUUUAAGUCAUAAAUGAUAUAUAUAUUUUUGCAUGAAAUUUUAAAUUUAAGUCAAGUAAAAUUGUGCAAACCUAUUUCAUUAUUAAACACAUGCUUAUUCACUGGAUGUCAUGCGGGCAGAAUCUGGCAAAUAGGAAUCUUUUGGACAGGGUCAAAGGUAAAAUAUGGAUAUGUUACAGCUUAAUCAGCAAAGAUCUAUUAGUUUACAUCAGUCCACUUACUAUAUUCAUGAAUAUGUACUGUGCUUUCCUUCAUCUGUUUCAUACCAGUUGUACUGGUACAAAUCUGCUGUACUCGUAAUGGAAUAUGCCGUAUUAGCACUGAACUGGUUAGCAUAGUUCGACUUUUGAAACAUACUUCUUGGAUCCAAGAUGGCGGAAUAUGAUUUUAAAAAACAGAGAUUGUGAAUCUUCAUUUCCAAUGGAAUAUUAUAAAUUAUAUAUAUUUGAGUGUGUUAAGUUUUGAGAAAGAAAAAUAAAAUUUUGUUUGUUUGAAGGGAGAGAUGGCCGCCAUCUUGGGAACUUGCUUGAUAUUCAAUUGCAUUCCUUUAUGGUACCGUACGUACCUAUUUGGUACAAUUAAUACGAACACAUUAAAGGAACACAAAGUACGAAAUAUAAGUUUUAUCCUAGCUAUUGAUCAGGAUAAAUGGUAUUAUUUGCAGCAUGGUAUCUUUAAAGGUUUUACAUUCAUUGAAGUACCUGCAUUUACAUAUUUAAAUGUCAGUGAUAAAGUUCCAAGGCAGGCAUGUUAUCUUUCAAAUGUGUGACUUUUCACUUGAACUCGCACAAACACACAUACAUAUAUAUGCAAAUGUAAUCCCAGUCUAGAUCAAUGCCACGUUAACACAUGCAAUGCACAUGCUACUUAGAUUUGACAUAAUUUCUUGAUAUUUUUGGUAGGAUAAUCUCUGUUAAAUCCGUACUGGCAUAACAGAACCAGCCGAUUUGUGACGAGUGGACUUUUUUUACGACUGUUGCAAACGUUAUUGGGAUAGAGAAAAUGGUAAUUAUUUAGAUCAGGGUAAUAAAUAUUCUUUCAUAGCAUUCAAUCUGGAACGUUCACACUUUUCGUAAACAAGAAAUAAUCGGGAACAUUCGGCAGUUUCUGUAAACAAGAUUUCUUUUUUUACGGAAAGUGCCGAAGGUUCACAAUGGACAUAGCAUUAAUUUAUGCAUUACUUACUUAACCACACAACAUUUUGACCCCAGACAUGAAUCAGUGCAUGUUAUGUAAAAUAGUGGUAUUUACUUAUUGAGCAAAACGUUUUUGAAUUACUCAUACCAUGGAGUCAUGGACUUAAAUUACGAUUGAAGUUUGCGCUUCUAAGGACUGUGUUUAAUAAUCACAUUCAAAUGUAACGUUACCAUUUUGUGUGAGGUGUCCCAUUGUUAAAUUUGUUACAUUAUUGUUAAAUAUAAUUGUUGUCGUGGCUGUGGUAGUCGGCUAUAUAUAUAUUUAACUUUUUUGAUUUUUGUUCUUGCAAUUUUCUGUCUUCAAAAGGUAUGUAAAUCUAGUGUUGUUAAGUGAUUUGGUCAGGAAUCCAGGUUUUGGCCGUGCCUUAUGUAUACAUAAUGUAUUGAUAGGGUAUCCAGUGCCAUCAGAGGAGGGUAAAUGGUACUUGUUUCGAGCUAUCGAAGCAAAGUCAAUGCUAAAGGUUUUCUCUGGAGGUGAGAUUGUGUCAUGUUAAAAGUUAAUGUUCAUUGAACAUGAAUAAAUAAAAUCUAUGUAUACCUUA